AUAACGAGACAAGUCCAAAGGCUCCAAUAAAUAAAGCCACAAAAAGCUCCACUUUUUCUACGGCCCAAAUUCGCCUAACAAAAUCAUCACUCCAAAACUCUCCCAUUUUCGCUUUCGCUUUCUCUCUCUCUCUCAGCUCACUCCAGUGAAUCCCAAUUUCUCAGAAAUGUCGAUGGCCAUUUUCUCCCCAAAGCUUCCAUCUUUGGCGCCGCAGUCUCACGCCAAAACCCAUUUAGGUUUGAGGCCUAAUUACCUCCCUCUCAGGCCCAUCCAGAAGCUUCACGCCGAUAGCGCCUCUGGUGUGGCCGUCACUGCGCCGGCGGAGACUGCUGUCGCUUCUGCUGAGGAGUCUCUUGGCUCCAAUGGCUCCGCGAUGGCGGCGGCGGCGGUUACGGCGGUGGAGGCUGUGGACGGUUUUCAGGAUGCUAGGUGGGUUGGGGGAACUUGGGACUUGAAGCAGUUUGAGAAAGAUGGCAAGACUGAUUGGGAUGCUGUCAUUGAUGCUGAAGUGAAGAGGAGGAAGUGGAUGCAAGACAGCCCUCAGUCAUCAAGCAACGAUGAACCCGUUGUCUUCGACACUUCCAUCAUUCCUUGGUGGGCAUGGAUGAAGAGGUUUCAUCUUCCCGAAGCCGAGCUGCUGAAUGGCCGUGCUGCCAUGGUCGGAUUCUUCAUGGCCUACUUCGUGGACAGCCUCACGGGGGUCGGUCUAGUCGAUCAAAUGGGCAACUUCUUCUGCAAAACUCUGCUGUUUGUAGCUGUGGCGGGGGUGCUUCUUAUAAGGAAGAAUGAGGAUUUCGAAACGAUCAAGAAAUUGGUGGACGAGACGACGUUCUACGACAAGCAGUGGCAAGCUGCCUGGCAAGAUGAGACAUCAGAGAAUAAGUAGUAGGGAGAGACGUAAUGUAAUUUCUUCACCUAACAAUGCUGCUCAGUCUUCUUCUUUUUUUGCUUCAUGUCUUGUAUCACAAAAUGUGUUUUAUGUUAUCCACUUCUUUGGCCAUUGAUAUGUUGUUUUGAUUGCUCAAA